CUCGGGCCCAGACCCCACCGACGGCCCGACGGCCCCGGCUCCGCAGCCGCUCCGCACACCGCGCCAGCACCUUCUCCGCACCAGGAAAGCCCCACACGCCUGCAGCCAAGAUGUCCAGUAAACGAGCCAAGGCCAAGACCACCAAGAAGCGGCCACAGAGGGCCACGUCCAAUGUGUUCGCGAUGUUUGACCAGUCCCAGAUCCAGGAGUUUAAGGAGGCCUUCAACAUGAUCGACCAGAACCGAGACGGCUUCAUCGACAAGGAGGACCUGCAUGACAUGCUGGCCUCAAUGGGGAAGAACCCCACGGACGAGUACCUGGAAGGCAUGAUGAGCGAGGCCCCGGGGCCCAUCAACUUCACCAUGUUCCUCACCAUGUUUGGGGAGAAGCUGAACGGCACAGACCCCGAGGACGUGAUCCGCAACGCCUUCGCCUGCUUCGACGAGGAGGCCUCAGGUUUCAUCCAUGAGGACCACCUUCGGGAGCUGCUCACCACCAUGGGCGACCGCUUCACAGAUGAGGAGGUGGACGAGAUGUACCGAGAGGCGCCCAUUGAUAAGAAAGGCAACUUCAACUACGUGGAGUUCACCCGCAUCCUCAAACAUGGCGCCAAGGACAAGGACGACUAGGCCAUCCCAGCGCCCCCUACCCAGGCCCCUGUCCCAGCCACCUGCUCCCACGUACACCGUCUGCACCGGCUCCAUGCCCACGAGCCCAGAGCCCCCUCUCAGAGGACUCUCCCUCUGAGGGGCCGGGGGCCCAGCUCCGAGUGAAGGAAACAGGCUGAGCACCGUACCAGGCCUGGGGCAUAGCCAACGGGAGGCUGGUGACCCUCCGAGGAAACCCCAUCUUCUUGGGAGCUGGGCCAGGAGGCCCCAAGGGGAGGCUCCUAGGAGAGCCCCGGCCUCGGCUGUUGCCUGCCCGCUUCUGGCUGCUCCCCACAGGAAGGGCCCUGUGUCCUGGUCUGGGACACCAUGACACUUGCACCCCCCUGCAAGCCCUUCCCCAGCCACUGCCACAAACACAUGAAUCUCACCGAGGUCCCCUCUCAGAGGACAGGGUGCCAUUCCCCUCCCUUCCACCCUGCCCGGCCACGAGAACACACCCCACCCCACCGGGAGUGUGCUCUGGAAGAUGCAAGAGGGCGGACAUUCGUCUUGGGGAGGCAGAGCCUCUAAUAGAAGGUGGAGCACUGUUUUGGGUGUGUAUGUCUGUGGUUGGGGUGAAAUAAAGGUGCCCUGAGGCCCCAAACACCUCCCUCCCUCUCCUUCCCCAGUGGCUGCCCCUCCACCCUCGGACCCCCAGCCCAGGGAAGGCUCAGCUGAGACCAGACCAGUGCGGGGGAGCAGGCAGGUCCUGAGCGGAAAAGCUCUCCUGGGAGGGAACGGGCAGGACCCACCACAGCAAAUCCCAGUGGGGCUUCUGGGGCUCUGAGAGAGCAGGGGUCAAGGUCACAGCCUUCAGGACUAGCACCUGGGUCUCCAGGGUCCCCUCAAUGCUCCUGGGAAGCCAGGUGGUCCUAGAAGAGCAGGGAGGCUUUGGGAGCCGUGAGGAGGGUUCUUCCCCUUCGGGCGGGGAAGCAGGUGAGAAAGAAUGGAUUCCCCACGGGCAGCUAGCGGGUGUGCCCUCCGCCGCUGGAGGGUCAGUUCUGCCACGUGACCAGUGGCACAGCAAGCCACAGCUUUUCCCAUCCCAAGAGACUGGCAGGACUGGGAUCCCCAUUAACAGUGGGGACUCUGAUGACAGCGCCUGGAGCCUAAGGGGAAGGGAGAUACUGGUUGAAUGAACAGAGUCCACAGGGACAGGGGCCGCCUGAGGUCACCCAGUGGGUCUGGGGCAGAGGGAGAGCUGGUCCCUGGCCUCUGGACCUUCUAGGGGCUCAGGCCAGGACUGGACACAUCCCAUCUGCACCCAGCAGCGAGCAGGUGCUAGACCCAGCUUGGGUCAAAGGUGUGAGGUCAGGGCCAAAGGAGCACCGAGCACUCAGGGGACCCUGCACUGGCCCAGGAAGCCGAACCUCCCCCAGGCCACUGCCCCAACAUCGGUGGCCAGCCCUUUCCAGCAGAAAGCCACGAAAGCCCUUCUCUUGCCUCCAAACUGAGCCCCACAAAUCCCUGAGGUCAACUUUAGAUGGAGCCAGCCCCAAACGAGUUCCAAAUGCUCCCCAGACUCCGUCCCAACCACAUUAUACCCUUGACUCUGACCCUCAUCCCAACCUGAUACUGAGCCUGGUUACCACUCACUGUGAUCAAUUCCUGGGACUCCCAGAGCACUGGCCACGCGUGCCUGACACCAGGGUCCAGGUCUCUCGGCGGAGCCACCGUGGUACCAAAGGCCUUCCUGGAAGAAGGCGAGGACGUGGGGUCAGGAACAAACCUCCCCACUCCCCCUCCACCCCAGAGAGAAAGAUUCACACCCAGGGGUGGCAGGAUGGAGCCAGUGCAGCCUCACUGGUUUCAGAGCUGGCCAGGGGCUGAGGGAACCCAGGCGAUGGGAAGAGGGAAGCAUUCUGUGCGUGGAAGGGCAGGACCAGGAGGAAGCUGCAGAAAGCACUAAGGAAGAGGGUACUACAAGGAAUGGAGACAAUCUGAACAAAAGUCCGGGAACAGGAAUGCGUGUGGCACAGAUGUAGGACCCAAAAGGAAGGCGAAUUUUUCACUCGAUCAUUUAUUACCAUCUCACAGCAGCCUUUUAGAAAAGCAGCAGCAGCAGCAGCUAAUGUUUUAUUUCUUACAGGCAACAUUUAGAGGUAAUAGCAAAGGACCCCAAAAGUUUCAAUGUUUGGCACAAAACUCAGAAGAGACACACGCAUGCGCAUGCAUACAAAGAGCAGUGGAUUUAAAUGAUGAAGAUUGAAUGCUUCUGUAAGGCUAAAGAAACUGUAAGCAAAAUUAAAACCAAGUACAGAGGGGGAGAAGA